AUGCACUCUUCCAUGUCGUGCGCAUGGACAGGCUCACUCGUAACUCUAGGCGGUGUAGGCAGUGUCGUAUGGGUCUUCUUCCGAAGUCUUUGGCUGCAUAUCCGAAUCUUCUGGGACAGAGAUCCAGGAGAGGAAUUCAAAUGGGGAAGCAUCAUCUUUGGUACGGCGAUGCCUUUGAUCUGUUUGAUCGCGGUGCUCUCCGCAACAGGACUCAAUUAUCGCAUGGGUCAGACGCGUCUGCCCAACCACGAGCACGCUAUUGUGACGUUCUGGAUUUGGCUAGUCGUUUUCGUGGUUUUGGCAUUCCUUUUGCAAACCUUAACUUCUGGCUACUGCUUCUACGUCUACGUCCGCUCAUUGCGGCGCAUGCGGCGGGAUCCAGCCAUCGAUUCUUUCGAAAGAGGUCAAGUGAGGCGAAAGUUAGAGUCGUGGGGCAAUGUCAAGAAGCUGUUCCUGUUACAGUGGAGGACCAUUGUAGUCAGCGUCUUCGUCAUCAUCUGGAGCAUCAGCUUCUUUAUUGUAUUCUGGACUCAGGACAGGAAGCUGGGCCGCGUGUUUAACGACCCGAACGAUAUUCUGCAGGUGAAAACAUGGAUCAUCUGCCAGAUCUUGAGCAUGGGCGAUAAGGAGGAGUGUAGGAAGUAUGUGCAAGACUUCACGCUCGCCGGCAUAUCCGUUUUCAUCCUCCUCUUCCGCACCACCAUGCUCCAAACCUGGCUCACGCUCUUCCCAGGUCUCGGUCACCGCGCGCUUCACAGAGGUCGCCUGCCCUCUCUGCAACUCACCUCCCUGGAGGAUGCCGAAAUAUACCAGCAGCACUCGCCACGUAAAGCCACCUCCAUCUUUGGUAGCAACACCCUAUCCAGAUAG